GGACACACAGAGAGAUGGCAUCUCCAGCCCUCGAGGUAAUCUCCCCACUGCAUGUAUUCAGGGGCCUUAGGGAAUCCUGACUUAGCAGCAAUUGGGUUUUCUCAAGCCAGGUGGAAACUAAACCCCAAGGAGCUGAAAAAGGAAGAAGCUCGCUAUGGCUCCAGCCCCCUGGCUAUGCUAACGGCCACCUGCAAUAAAUUUGGAGGCUCCAGUCCAAUCCGGGAUUCGGCCACACCUGGGAAAGCGGGGAACCCUUUGGGGAAGAAGCUGUACCAGCUGGGAGCCGAGCAGUCCAGCCCCAAGCUCCGCAGCUCCGAGGCCAUGGGAGAUUCCUACACGGCCGCCUUCCCCAGUGGGAACGGGCUGAUGUCCCCCUCGGCCAGCCCGCAAGCCUCCACCACCUACGGCAACGACUACAGCCCCUUCUCUCACUCCUUUCCAGCUUCCUCCGGCUCUCAGGACCCCUCAUCCCUCCUGGUGUCCAAGGGCCAUCCCUCGGCCGAGUGCCUUCCCAGUGUCUACACCUCCUUGGAUAUGGCGCACCCUUACGGCUCCUGGUACAAAGCCGGGAUCCAUCCUGGGAUCUCCAGUAGCUCCAGCAAUGCCACAGCCUCCUGGUGGGAUGUGCACUCCAAUACCAACUGGCUGAGUGCCCAGCCCCAGUCGGACGGCCUCCAGGGCUCCCUUCAGCCUGUGCCGGCCCAGACAUCCCUGAGCCCUCAGCUGCCAAGCUACAGCUCCGACUUCACCACCUUGAACCCUGCCCCAUACCCGGCCGUGGGCAUCACCUCCUCCUCUCAUCUCCUCCCUUCCGGCCAACACAUGCUGUCCCAGGAGAUGUACAAGCCCAAGCCUGUGGCCAACAACUCUCUGAUGGAAGGCGGGAUCGGACUGAAGGCCCCGCGUGGCGGCACCUUCAGCAGCACCACCGGCCGCUCGACGUGCGAUUGCCCCAACUGCCAGGAGCUGGAGCGACUCGGGGCCUCAGCCGCCAGCCUGCGGAAGAAGCCCAUCCACAGCUGCCACAUCCCAGGCUGCGGGAAGGUCUACGGCAAGGCCUCCCACCUCAAGGCCCACCUGCGGUGGCACACGGGCGAGCGCCCCUUUGUCUGCAACUGGCUCUUCUGUGGCAAGCGCUUCACCCGCUCAGACGAGCUGGAGCGUCACGUCCGCACCCACACCCGGGAGAAGAAGUUCACCUGCCUGCUCUGCAACAAGAGGUUCACCCGCAGCGACCACCUCAGCAAGCACCAGAAGACCCACACCGAGAUGGGGGCGGCCAAGCCCGCCGAGGGCGAAGCCGAGAGGGAGGAGACGGCCACUGGCAGUGGCUCUCCAGGCGCGGCCUUGCAGGACGGGCUUGCCAACGACGACAAAGACACCACCAGCCCUGAGCAAAGCAGCUUGCUGGAGAUCUAAGCUAGGGGUGGAGCUUCUCCUCCAGCCUCCUCCUCCUGUUUAGUUCCCCUUCUCGCUGAGAUAAUUUAUUUCCUGGGGGAAGUGGCGGCUCAGAUGCAGACACCUAUUGGGUUCUUGGACGGGAUUCUCUUGGGACCCUUGCUUUCUGCUCCACCCAGGCAUGGGAGAGUUAAAUGACCUUGAUGCAAAGUCACAUGGAGCAGGGGCUGGGAUUUGAACCCAGUCCCUAGGUCGUGUUGUUUUCUUUGCCGUGAAUAGGCCUACUGAGCCUUUUGUCCUACCUGGCCGGGAUCGCUCGCAAAGCCACUGGCACCGUCUUCCUAAGGAGUUACUCAAGGUUGACCAAGGUGUGUGUGGGAGGAAUCAUCGCCCAGUGAGGGCUUGAUCCUGGGCACUGGGAACCUGAUCCUGCAAAGACAAUGGGACUACUCGUGAGUUUGGUGUUCAGCGGGUGCAUAGAUGGAUUGGGGCCCUGGAACUCAGCCCCUACCAGGAUCGGGCCCUGAAUGGUGCAUCAGAACCUUUGCCCUCAGGUCAGAGGGGGCAGGGGAGGAUACAAAUAACCCAUGUCGUCCUCCACCCACUUUACAAAGGAGGGCCACCAGUCACUAUGCGGAGAUAUCAAGAGGAGCUUCCACCUUCCCCUCCCCCCUUCCCCCCGUGUAUUUAAUCUAGAAAUGUAAGAAUUAUAUUUAUGUCUUAAGUUAUGAUGAUGAGUUAAGGGAGCGGGGUGGGGGGGUUUCAAGAGACCGUUGUGUUUAAAACACAGGAGGAGUUGUCUUUUAACGAGGGGCUCCCUAUUAAUUGGUCGUCUCUCUUGACAGGGCCUCUGUGAUAAAGUUGACCUGCAUUUAGCUUUGGGCCCUUUUUGGUUUUUGCUUCUUUAUGAUGGAGGGAAAAAACAACAACCCUGAACAUUCCCCCCCCCCCACUUAAACACCUUUUUAAAAAAAUUCUCCUUAGUUUUUUACCUUAUUAAUAUCAGGAAUUUUAAAAAUAGCUCAGGGACAGAUUUCCAGUUCUUCAGCACGCUCAAUCCGGGCCAGAUUGACAAAAGAGCUCCGCACCCAUACAGGGAUAGGCACAUAAGUGAAGUCCUCAGCAACCAACCUGCCCCAUAUAUUUAGGUGCCUAAAUAAGAAUUGAGCUCUUUUGUAAAUUUCAGUCAUAAUGUCUGAUCUUCCGUGGUGUUAUUUUUUUGCUAGGUGACCUUUGGGAGGUCUCAGGGAUGUGUACUGUGAGCAGGAAUAACUUAAAGGGGUGGUUUAUUAACAAUGGAUUCCUUUCUCCAGAAUGUUAGUUAGGCAUCAGAGUCAAACAGGUGCUGACAAAGACAAGAGUUUUAACAGUCUGUCUAAAAAAAUCCCUACCUGUUUCAUUGCUCAGCUCUUGUGAUGUCACUGUUUCACUAGAUCUCUGGUCACCAUAGAGUCUUCCAGCCCAGACAGGACCUGAAUUAGGGAUGUAGGACUGAAACGGACCUCCCAGGUCAUCAAGUCCAGUCCCCUAUUUUCACAGGCAACCCUGGCAGAUAAUCCCCUUCAUACACGUAUUAAGCACCAUCUUAAAACUAGUUAGGGUGUUUGCUCCCACUGCCUCACCUGACAACUCCAGACUGUAAACUCAUUAGGACAGGGAUUCGCUUUUGGUUUGUAGCUGGGCAGCGCCCUGCACAAUGGGGCUGCAGUUCUGCCUGGAGCCUAUGGGUGCUACCUCAUACCAGUAAUAGUAAUGAUGAUGCUGAUGAUUUUUUUUUAAAAUGUAAAAAACAAGCAGAAAACAUUUCUUCUUUUUUUUAAAGCUUUUCUGGCCUCAUCCAUCAUAAAGGGGCAGGAGCCCAUUUUUCCCCCUUGCAGGUCUCCCUAAAGGAAGGGCGCCUCUGUUAAUGGUGGGGUCGUCUCUGUGUGCUAAUGGAGGAGGCGUUUAAUUAACGAGCGUCGCUUCAUUUGAAGGGGGUUCUCUGUCAAAAGCCUGGGGGGCUCUCAACAGGGAUUGGGGCUCGCAGGUAGUGGGGAGGGCUCCAUAUGUGUGACUGUUAAUUGGGGAGCGGAGUGAGACGUGCGUCUCUCUUCCUAUCCCCCCAGGAAACAUGGGAGCCAGAGGGAACCGGCCAUCGGGGUAUGAAAACGAUGUGCCCCUUUUCAGCCAAGUGACACUCACCACGCCCACGUACGCACACUUGCUCAGACUCACACUUACGCGCUUGUGCGUGCGCGCGUGCAGACACACACACACACACAGGGGGGGAGGGCAGCAGGUAGCUGGCAGAAGCAUUCAACUGAACACUCCAAGCAUCUAUUAAUUCUCUCCAUGUAGGGUAACAUGGUGGACCAAAGACUUAGCUGGUGUCAGUUGCGGUAGCUUCCCUGAUUUCAACCCCCUUCAACUUUUAACACACUGCCCCCACGCCUGCCCCCAAGCAAAAAAUAUAUGGGGCAAAAAUCAGCUUUGCUGUAAGUGUAACCGACUGGGGAGGGUAUAUCACAGAUGCCCAGCUGUGCCCACUCCACAGAGUUCGUUACAGCCCCAGCUAAGGAGGCUGAUGCUUUUCGGUCCCCGGUUCUAUCCCUGGUGCCUCCACGCAAGGUGGAGGCCAUCACAUAAGCAGAUGUCGACGCCACCGGCAUCAGAGGGAACAAGAUGGUGUUUUUAAACGUCACCCCUCACCUCCCGCAACGCUCCUCACCGCCAUCUGAUUCGGAAUUGAAUUGUUUGGAUUUUGGUUUUGUUGGUUUUAAUUUAAGUAAUAAAAGAUGA